CUGCUGCCCAUUUCUCGCCGGGUUGGGGAAGAAGAGCCGGAGCCGGUGCCGGGGUGAGGGGGGGUGAAAGAUGGCGGCGAGGUUGAGCGGCGGGGAGAACCGGCUGGUGUCGCUGCCCCUGUCGCGGAUCCGCGUGAUCAUGAAGAGCUCGCCGGAGGUCUCCAGCAUCAACCAGGACGCGCUCUUCCUCACCGCCAAAGCCACGGAGCUUUUUGUUCAGUAUUUGGCUACAUACUCCUACAAACAUGGCAGAGGCAAGGAGAAGAACGCUCUGACUUACAGUGACCUGUCUCACACUGCAGAAGAGUGUGAGACCUUUCAGUUCCUUGCAGAUAUCUUACCAAAGAAGAUCCUAGCUAGCAAAUACCUCAAAAUGCUUGAAAAGGAGAAGCGAGAUGGAGAGGUGGGGGAAGGUGAUGAAGAGGAUGAGGAGGAAGAGGAUGAAGAUGUAACUGUUGGUGAAGAUGUUGGAUCUUAAGAUCAAUGGAGAAUUGCUUCAUAGUUGACCCAUUUUUUUGUUGUAUAAAGGAUGUUAUUUUUGUGACUGAGAAUCCAGAUGCUGGAUAUAUUUAUAUACUGAGCCAUCUGCUUUUGCUUUGUUUAAGAAGUUUAGAAAUUGAACUUUAUACUUGGUGAAGAGUGGAAUUCUUCCCUCAGAAACAUGGCGGGGUGAGAAGAGCCUCAUGUAAAUCCAAGAGCAGAACUUGCUCCGAUGAUUUAAAAUGACUUCUUCAGACAAUCAUUAUCCAAAUUUAAAAUUUCUUUGGGGCAGCUUUCAGUCCAAAAGCUCUUUCGCCCUCUGACUUAGAAGGGAGUCCUUCCCCAGUUUGCGUUUCUCCUCGGAGCGGAAGAUGAGGUGAGGGGAGGUGUUUUACACAGUGUCUGCUGUCCUCAGCCUUCUCCUCCUUGGCCGGGGGGGGGCCGCCAGUAACCGAUCAAACCCUCCCUUCGCUUCUCUGGAACGGUGCCAGGGCAUCACCAGCGGACCAAGAUCAUUAACCAAAAAAAAAAGUCUUUAUAAAAACAGCUGCUUCUGUCAUGCAGCCUAAACAGCCAUGUGGGCACAGAGACAGGGUAGAGGAUGAGAUCCAUUCCAAGAGCGAGUGUGGUCCUGCGGCUGUGGUGGUGAAAAGCACGCGCGUUAGAUAACCGUGUAAAUAUGUACAUCUAGAACCUUGUACUCUAACGAGCUCUGCUUCUGCAGGGUGGCCAUGCUGUUCCACCAAAACGCACGGUGAAGUCUGUUAGACGUGAAUUGUUGAGAAUGAGCGACUCUUUUACCAUGUGAGUGACAGAGCUGGAUUUUUCAUUUGUUUUUGUUUCGGGGUUUGUUUGUUGGGGUUUGUGUUUUUUGUGUUUUUUUUUUUUACUAUAGUAACCCUCCUGUGUAGAACUUUAUAUGCAACUUUUUAAAAUAAAUGUUUUG